UAAAUAGUUCCAAAUUUUUAAUGACUAUUUAACUAAGUUAAACUUAAAGACUUUUCUUGAGAAUGAAAACCAUUUACAUAUUUGGUGCAUACAUACAAAGUAAGCACUUAGGCUGUAUUAAUAAGCAGCUAGCAUUUAAAUUAAAUUGAUAUGUUUGUAUUACUUUUAAUUAGGAAAGUAAUUUGCUACUUGGUGAACAAAUUUUUUCGGAAAGUUUAUGCAGUGAGAUUUUAGAAAGUUUGGGGAUCAAGGGUUUAGAUAAUACUAGGAAGUCGGAGUGUGAUGUGUGGUUAUGCUAAUCUCAUCUUUGCGCUGAUGUGAUCUGAUGAUUUGGACAGAUGUAGAUCCACGCCUUUACAACUGAAGAAUAUCUGGAACUCAAAGCAAUUGGCAACCAACACCAAAGUCAGAAUUUUCAAUACAAAUGUCAAGACAGUUCUACUGUAUGGGGCGGAAACCUGGAAAACUACGAAAUCCAUCAUCCAAAAGAUACAGGUGUUUACUAACAGUUGUCUACGCAAAAUACUUCAGAUCCGUUGGCCGGACACUAUAAACAACAACCUACUGUGGGAGAGAAAAAAUCAGAUCCCAGUGGAGGAAGAAGCGCUGGAAGUGGAUAGGACACACAUUGAGGAAAGCACCGAACUGCGUCACAAGACAAGCCCUCAUAUGGAAUCCUCAAGGUCGAAGGAAGACCAAAGAAUACAUUACGCCGGGAAAUGGAGAUAGAUAUGAGAAAAAUGAACAAGAAUUGGAUGGAACUAGAAAAGAAGGCCCAGGAUAGUGUGUUGGAGAAUGUUGGUCGGCGGCCUAUGCUCCAUUGGGUGUAAUAGGCGUAAGUAAGUAAGUAAGAUUCACGCCAAAUUCCGUAUUAAUUCUUAUUUGCUGUAUGUAGUACAAUCCUGUGAUCACACCUAAAUUUCUCUACUGGGGUAUAAGCGUCACUUCUUACGUAACAACUGCAAGUCAGAAGUUCAACUCAUGGUCAGUUUAAGACAAUUAACUGGUUGGAUAACAGUUUAGUGUUUGAAUCCUUGAGCUAUAGCUUAACAUAAUCGUACAGAAUUUCUGCGUGCAUACCAAUGGAACGACAGUGUGGAGUAAGUAAUUGAAUCUAAACCUGAAAUAUAGUUAAAAAGCCUUAUGUAGUAGGAAACUCGUCAUAAAUUCUAUUACCAAUUAAAUUCAAAUAAUGUAUUUUACCUCAGAAACAAAAGAAAAUCAACAGAUACUAUUAUUGCUUUAAAUUUCAUGUUUCCUUUUUCUUUAGGAUCGUUUAGAAGAAAAUGGUGUGGCUUAAUGAUUGCUGACGAUACUUUACAGUUUAGAUCUGAAUUGAUUGAGCUGGUGUUGUUGGCCUUCAAUAGUUUACCAAUUAAGAUAUUCGAACGUAUCGGCCAUUUAGGAGCCGAUCCUCAAUUACUUGGCUCUAUAUUAGUUAGCACUAACAACUGUGCAAAAUUUGAAAAACGUUUAGACAUAUGGAUAUGUAGUCUAUAUUCAGAAAUUUUUUUUUUCGGCCCAUCAGAAAUUUUCUGCGAAACUGCAUCAGACAAUACAUUUUGUUUUGGGAGAGAAAAAUUCAUUCUAGAUCUAAGGAAGUGCAUAAUCUCACUGGAAUCCUUACAUACACAUGGGAACUUUAUAAAGAAGUCUAAUGUAUUUGAAGCAAUCUUACAGACAUUUUUCAACAACCCAUCAUUCCAUAAUACGAAUGAGUUAAUAACUAUGUUUCACAGUCUUAUAAAUCCUUUAAUUCAUUAUUAUUUGGAUAAAUUUUUGAAUAGUGAAGAAAGAAAAGAAAAUAAUACCAAUCCAGAUGGUAAUCUAGAAUAUUUACAAAGAAGCGAGAAACCAACAAAUCUAUUACUACAACUCAUUAAUACAUAUCACUAUUUGAAAGAGGAAGGAAGUUCCAAUGAAUUCCUAACAUUAACACAUAUUAUUCAUUUACUUGGUGAAUGUUGUUUAAUAACUAGAUAUACAAUGAAUAAGACUUUAAAAACUCUAUUGACAGUUCUAGCUAUUAAACCAAAAUGGCAAGAUAAUGUAAGAAAAGAAUGUAAACAAUUUUUAGAAGUCCAAUAUAACCAGGAAACACAAAGGCCUACAUCAGUAUGCAGCCAUUCUUUAUCACAUCUUUGCAUGUCUUUGGAGCACACAAAAUGUUUGGUUUGGACGAAGGCUUUAAUUCAAGAGACGCUGCGUUUAUGUGUACCUGGUUGGCCUUUUGGUUGUUUGCGUCAAGCCCUUCGCGAUGGGGAAAUACUAGAGCAAGGCUUUGCUGAAGGAGAACUAGUGCUUUUUGAUGAGCCUUCCUACUACUCAGAUCCAGAUUUAUGGGCUGCCGAUGAGAUUGGAGAAGGGCCUACCAAAUAUCAACCUCACAGAGUAUUUGACCCAAAUCGCUUCAUUGAAAAACUACCUAUUGCAGGAAAUUCGACAAUGUUAGAGUUAAGUUUACCUGUACAUUGGGCACGCAAUGUUUUUCAAAGAUACACUGUAUGUGUACCCUAUCAGUUCAUUUAUUUUAUGCUGACUACAACUUUGGUACAUUUUUUCGGAACUGCUUGGGAAUCAUAUCUAACAGAUGAAAAAAUGAAACCUGAUUAUACUGACGAUUUUUUAAUAUGGCCCAAUGAUUUACCUAAAGCUGAUCUUCGAAUCAAUUUUCCCUAAUGGUUUAUGACAUCUUAGUUAAAUUGAGUAGGUCAGUAAAAUGUUUAUUUCAUAAAUAUACAAAAUUUUCCCUUAAAUAAAAUACUUUAUAUACCGAAAUCAAUGAUUAGCAUGCAAUUGACGACUAAAUAAAUGUCAAAAAUGAAUUAAAUCUAAAUUGAUUAACUUAAAUUCGUUGACGAGAUGGUGGUGAAUGAGGUUUCCUCAAAAACUGGUCCCAAGCAGUAUUAUCUACAGGCG